AUGGCGAUCUCUCCUCGGCUCUCCGCCGUGGAGUCUGCCCUCCUCCUCCUCCUCAUCCUCCUCCUCAUUCCCGCCGCCCGAUCCGAAGGCAUCGACGCCGUCGCCGACCUCUGCGGCGCCAUAUCCGACGGAGGGGCCCCCUCCUGCCGCGUCAGCUGCUUCCGGCCGGACCCCGUGUGCGGUGCGAACGGCGUCACGUACUGGUGCGGCUGCCCGGAGGCGGCGUGCGCCGGCGUCCGCGUCACCAAGCGGGGCCCUUGCCAGGUCGGCAGCGCUGGUACCGGCCUCGUCUCCGGCCAGGCCUUCCUCCUCCUCCACAUCGUGUGGCUCAUCGUCCUCGGCUUCUCCGUCCUCUGCGGCUUCCUCUGAGCACCAACUAUUGUUGGCUUCUUCUCGCCGCAAUCGUCAUUCGCUACAUUAUUCUGGAAAUGGCUUUUGGUUAGUAAUAAUAACAGAUGAGAGAAUUGUUAAGGAAAAAAAAGCUAAAUAAUGUACUUUUUAGUGGCAUCAAAAUUCACAUUUUGGAAAUGAUGUACUUUCACCAAUCUUAAAAAAUUCUUCGGGGAAAGCACUUCUCUUUAUUCUA